AUGAAAACCAAUAAUAGACAAAUGAAGAACCUCUACUACACAGCUGUUUAUGCUACUCCUGUCAAUGCGUUAUUGGUGCUUGAUACAGAGGGCAGACUUUAUUACGCGUCAUUAGGUCAGAAUAUUACUGAUUUACAAAACCUUCUUGUCAAGGAUUUCCGCAGUCAAAGUCACGUCCAGUUGAAACCAUUAAGCACACUAACUGACAAGAUCAAAGCUGAAAAUACUAUUGCAAAGUUCAAGCAGUUGAUCGAGGAUCCUAAGGAACCACAAGACAUUCCCAUUGAGAUUCUUUUCGGGACGCGUCUACAACGCAGAGUAUGGCAAGAAUUGAUCGACAUACCAGUAGGGCAAGUAAAGACAUACGGUCAAAUAGCUGAACGUUUAGAUUUGCUGGAGAAAUUUGCACGCGCGGUCGGUGCUGGCUGCGGUGCCAAUCGGAUUGCAAUUGUCAUACCUUGCCACCGAGUAGUAGGUGCAGAUAGGAAAUUGACAGGCUAUAGGUAUGGAACAGAGACAAAGGCGUAUCUAUUAAAGCAUGAAUUGGGGAAUAAGUUUUCCGAGAUGGUAUUACAAGGAGUGGGAAAGAAUUGA